AUGGCAGACUCGGCGAGGAAAGUCCUGAUAUCAGGUGGCACGGGCUUUGUUGGCUCGGCCAUUGUACGAGCUCUUGCACAAAAACACCCGGACUUUGUCAUCACCGUCAUCGAUCAACAUCCCCCACGUCCCGAACAUGUCUUGCCAGAAAGAACUUCGUGCAUACAGGUCGACAUCACUUCGGCUGAAGCCUUGAGCCAAGCUUUCAAGACCAUAAAGCCGAAUGUUGUUGUCCACACCGCGGGGAUUGUUCCAGGCCUAGCAGAGCGGUGGGGCCGCCGACUUGAAAGGGAGGUAUGGAAGAUCAACUAUGAAGGCACACGGAACAUGCUGGACGUGUCUCAGCAAAAUGAAGUUGAGGCCUUCAUAUACACAAGCUCUUGUUGCGUGGUGAUCGACGACACGAAUAUCACUCACGCUAACAUCAAUGAAGAAUGGCCUUUGUCAUCUAGGUCGACCAUCUAUGGAGAGUCUAAGGCUGCUGCGGAAUCACUCGUUCUCAAGGCCUCAAGCGCCAAAACGGCGACAUGUGCCCUCCGGCCAUCGGUACUUUGCGGACCGGGCGACACCCAGCUGAUACCAUCUAUUCAUGCAUGUAUCGCAAAAUUCGAAACUCCUUUCUUGAUUGGCGAUGGUUGCAACUUGUGGGAUAUAACUCACGUCAGCAAUAUCGCUGAUGCCCAUGUCCUCGCCAUCGAGAACCUGUUAUCAUGUCGCACAGCUGCCGGUGAAGCCUUUUUUAUUCAGAAUAACGAGCCUAUCACCUUUCGUGACUUCUGUCUAGCAAUUUGGGCGCAUUUUGGGCAUUUUCCACCGUUUGAAUUGCGAAUCCCAGAGAGCCUGGCUUACUUCGCUGGGCUGGUGUGUGAGACGGUCACCUGGUUGAUGGGGACAGCAACAACUUUGAGCCGUGGAAGUGUCCGAGACGCAUGUGCCACUCGAUAUGCAAGUGGUAACAAGGCUAAGGAGAUUCUGGGGUACGAAGCCCACGUUGGAAUUGAAGAAGCCGUCCGUUUGAGUUGCGAGGAUUACGCUUCUCGUCUAGGAAUCAAACCAUCAACUUUGAACAGCGAAUCCCGGCAAACAUAG